AUGAACAAGUAUCUGGUACGAGGCCUCGGCUUCUUCAACGACGCCUACGAUCUCUUCGUCAUGAAUAUCGUCAACGUCGUGCUUACGGAGCAAUACGGCAAGCACGUCUACACGUCGUACGUCAAGUCCUGGGUGUCGGCUGCUGCUAUCAUCGGUGCUGUGAUCGGUCAGCUCUUGUUUGGCUUCCUGGGUGACGUUUUCGGUCGCAAGGUCAACAUGAUCGCCACUUGUGUGCUCCUGAUCGUGGGUAGCAUCUUGUGUACAGUUGCGUAUGGAGGUAGCGGCAGUUCGACGCUGUGGUUCCUGGUCGUGGCCCGUAUCAUCCUCGGUAUCGGUAUUGGCGGCGAAUACCCACUUGCUGCUUCGUCAUCGGCUGAAGACUCGACCAACUCGGCUGAGCGUAACACAGCCCGUGUUCAGACCCUUAUGCGCUGCCCUUGA